GGGGCGGGCCUGGGCGUCUGAGAGGCCUCGUCUGGGGGCUUUAAGGCAGUGAUCUGAACCGAGCGAGGUUCCGGGGUGUGCUUCCAGCCGGGCUGAGAGCCGGUUCUCGUUCUGCACCCCAGCUGUGUGCGCACUGCCAUGUGGGCCGCCCUGAGGUUAGCUCUGCGGCCCUGCGCCCGCGCCGCUGCGCCAGGGCUGCGCGGCUACCACGGGGACGCGGUGGCCCCGCUGGGCACCCAGCUGGACGCGGGCUCUGCAGUCUACCAGGAGAACUAUGAACAGAUGAAAGCGUUAGUGGACCAACUCCGUGAACGAGCACAGCGUAUAAGACUAGGAGGUAAUGAGAAAGCCCGAGCCCGGCAUACGGCAAGAGGAAAACUGUUACCCAGAGAAAGAAUCGACAAUCUUCUGGACCCAGGGUCUCCAUUUCUGGAAUUGUCCCAGUUUGCAGGUUACCAGUUGUAUGGUGAUGAGGAGGUUCCUGCAGGUGGCAUCAUCACAGGCAUUGGGAGGGUAUCAGGAGUAGAGUGCAUGAUCGUUGCCAAUGACGCCACUGUUAAAGGAGGCACCUACUACCCGGUGACCGUGAAGAAACACCUGCGGGCCCAGGAGAUUGCGCUGCAGAACAGGCUCCCCUGCAUCUACCUGGUCGAUUCAGGAGGGGCAAACUUACCUCGACAAGCAGAUACGUUUCCAGACCGAGAUCACUUCGGCCGCAUAUUCUAUAAUCAGGCAAUUAUGUCGUCUAAAAAUAUUACACAGAUAGCAGUGGUCAUGGGCUCCUGUACGGCGGGAGGCGCCUACGUGCCUGCAAUGGCUGAUGAAAACAUCAUCGUCCGCAAGCAGGGCACCAUCUUCUUGGCUGGACCUCCCUUGGUUAAAGCGGCAACUGGAGAAGAGGUGUCUGCAGAGGAUCUUGGAGGAGCUGAUCUUCAUUGCAGAAUGUCUGGAGUCACUGACCACUAUGCCUGGGAUGACCAGCAUGCCCUCCACUUAACCAGGAAGGUUGUGAGGAACCUCAAUUACCAGAAGAAAUUAGAAGUGACCGUCGAGCCUUCUGAAGAGCCUCUGUUUCCUGCCGAUGAACUAUAUGGAAUAGUUGGUGCCAACCUCAAGAGGAACUUUGAUGUCCGAGAGGUCAUUGCUAGAAUUGUGGAUGGAAGCAGAUUCAACGAGUUCAAAGCCUUGUAUGGAGACACAUUAGUUACAGGAUUUGCUCGAAUUUUUGGAUACCCAGUAGGAAUCAUUGGAAACAAUGGAGUUCUCUUUUCUGAGUCUGCAAAAAAGGCUGCUCACUUCAUCCAGCUGUGCUGCCAAAGAAAUACUCCCCUGCUGUUCCUUCAAAACAUUACUGGGUUUAUGGUCGGUAGAGACUAUGAAGCAGAAGGAAUUGCCAAGGAUGGCGCCAAGAUGGUGACUGCCGUAGCCUGCGCCAAAGUGCCCAAGAUAACCGUCAUCAUUGGGGGAUCCUACGGGGCUGGAAACUAUGGGAUGUGCGGCAGAGCUUAUAGCCCUCGGUUUCUGUACAUUUGGCCAAACGCUCGCAUCUCAGUGAUGGGAGGAGAGCAGGCAGCCAAUGUGUUAGCCACCGUAACCAAGGACCAAAAGGCGCGGGAAGGGAAGCAGUUCUCCAGUGCUGAAGAAUCUGCUCUGAAGGAGCCCAUCAUCAAGAGGUUCGAAGAGGAGGGAAACCCCUACUACUCCAGUGCAAGGCUCUGGGAUGAUGGCAUUAUUGAUCCGGUCGACACCAGAAUGGUCCUGGGUCUCAGCAUUAGUGCCGCCCUCAACGCACCGAUCCAGAAGUCUGAGUUUGGCAUCUUCAGGAUGUAACCAGAAUAUAAAGUGUUUUCCACUGGACAUGUACCAGAAAUUAGCACAUGUAAUAGCUUUAAGAUUUUACACUUUUUGAACAUGUGGCUAGUACAGUAAAUUUUUUUAGCACAGUUCAUUGUGCUUUUCUGCCUUAAAAACAUCAACAAGGAUAUCUAUUUGGUGAAUAUUAAUUCCUUUUAGGCUACUUAAAGAAAAUCAAUUUGCCACCCACAGAAUGAAGAGAAUAAUUUCCAGUUAUCCUUUCUGCCCUACAAGCAGCACGAAAAGCUCUUUAACCUGUAAAUGGUAUAAAUUAUUGAAGUUAGUUGUUGAAGUUCAUUUCCAUUGAAACGAUUGUGUUGCUGAUUAUGCCUGAUCUCAGCCGUCUAUUACUCUCCCCUUCUGCCGCCCUCCUGCUGCUUCCCAGGCUGGGGAUACUGUGCAUUGUCUGCACUCCGGGCUCUGUCAGCCUGCUCCCUCCUCACUCUGUUCCUCUCUGACUUCUUUCACCAGUGGCUCUCUGAGGUCACCCUUGAUCUCCAUGUUGCUGAAACUCGUGGGUUCUUUUUGACCUUGUGUGGCUUCGCUCCACAGCAUUCAAGUCGGUUGGAUGCUACCUCCCUGAAGUGCUGUCCUUAGCUCUCCUGACCUAACACUCCAGGUGUUCUCCCAGCCUCCUGGGCCACUUUGUUUCCUGUGUAGGCGCCUCUUCCUUUACUGAUCCUUCUCUGUUUCAUUAUUUGCUUUGAUUUUAUUAGACAUGAAUACAUUCUUAAUAAAAGAUAAAAAUAA